CUUCGGCUCGUCGUCGGCCCUCGUAUCGUCCGCUAGGGUUUCGCGCAUCCUUCUUGUUCUCUUCAUCGCCUCGGCCGUUUGAUUUGCUGAUCCUGUCGGCUUCGAUUGCGAGGUGCGAAUGUUUUAAUGGAAUUUAAAUCUGGGAAGAAGCAGUCUAGUAGUAGUAGCUCAUUACAGUACGAAGUUCCCCUUGACUACACUGUUGAAGACGUUCGACCACACGGCGGAAUCAGGAAGUUUCAGUCUGCUACAUACUCCAACUGUGUGAGGAAGCCAUCCUGAGAGUCCUUUCGAUGCUGCUUUCUUCUGUAGAGUAGGAUUUCCUGUGCUUCGUUUCUGCUUUUAGACAAUCUCAGCCUACCGUCUCUCAAAUACUCCUUUGACCUCCCACUCCCUUUUUCCUGUCACCACGCUCACCUGUUCUUGCUUGAUUCGAUGGCACUCUCACUGGUCGAUUCUCUCCUAGCCUCACCGAUCGGUUUUGAAGGAUAUGAGAAGCGCCUGGAGAUCACUUUCUCAGAGCCAUCUAUUUUUUUGGACCCCCAUGGAUGGGGGCUGCGUGCCCUUUCACGGCCACAGAUUGACUCCAUUCUGGAUCUGGCACGAUGUACCAUUGUUUCUCAGCUCUCGAACAAUGUCUUCGAUUCAUAUGUUCUCUCUGAGUCAAGCCUGUUUAUUUACCCCUAUAAGUUAAUCCUCAAAACUUGCGGGACUACAAAGCUCCUUCUGUCCAUCCCUAGAAUUCUUGAACUUGCCGCAGAGCUUUCGCUAUCUAUUCUGUCUGCAAGGUACUCCCGUGGGACCUUUAUUUUUCCUGGUGCACAGCAGUCUCCCCACCGGAGCUUCUCCGAGGAAGUCGUUGUGCUCAAUCAGUUCUUCGGUAGCCUCAAGUCAAGUGGUAAUGCGUAUGUGCUUGGUGGUUCAACAAAUGCAAAUCGCAAAUGGCAUAUAUACUAUGCUACUGAGAAACCUGAGCUGCCGAUGGUGACACUCGAGAUGUGCAUGACCGGAUUGAACACUGAUCGGGCGUUAAUAUUCUAUAAGAAUUCAGCAGAAUGCCAUAGUUCUUCCGCCAAGAAGAUGACUGAGAUAUCUGGGAUCUCUAAUAUUAUUCCUGAGAUGGAGAUAUGCGACUUUGAGUUCGAGCCCUGUGGCUAUUCCAUGAAUGGGAUUCAUGGCCCGGCUCUCUCUACUAUCCAUGUGACACCUGAGAAGGGUUUCAGCUAUGCCAGUUAUGAAGCAAUGGGGUUUAAUUCUCUCACCUUGGUGUAUCAGGACUUAGUUGAGAGGGUCCUUAGGUGCUUUGGCCCUUCAGAGUUCUCUGUUGCAGUUACUAUCUUAGGUGACCGUGGACUAGCAGGCACUUGGGCUGAGAAGAUACAUCUUGAUGGUUACACCUGCAAAGAUAGAGUGGAUCAAGAGCUACCAGGUGGUGGGCUGUCGAUAUACCAGAUGUUUGCUGCUUCUGCUGUGACUGCGGUGUCACCAAGAUCCACCCUGCCUUACUGGGAAGGCAAAUAUGUGGAUAGGACUGCGAAAGAUCAUGCUAAAGGAUGAUGCUUUUAAAGUGAAAAGGUGAUGGAGAAAUAAGAAGAGUUUAUGAGAGGACGAUAUUAUUUGUCAAGUUGGCCAUGCUUUAAGGGGUUCUAGUGUUUUGUGUUUCCUUUUAGCUUGUUUGGUCAAGAAGAUGGCGAAAGCAUAGGUAUUUGCCUACACAAUGAUCUGAGUCUUUGCCUUGCAUUGAAGUAAUAUGUAUGUGUAGGAACACUAGUGUCAAGCAUAAGCUCUAGGUGGCUUGCUGUGUCUGCCGCAAUGAGCAGCAUUUUCAUAGACUGAAUAUUUGUUCUGGUGUUGUUUGGUCAUCCAGAAGUUUGCAACUUGCAUUA